AAAUUCCAGGUUUAGCAUUAGUAACAAAUAGUUUAGGAUCAACAAGUUUAGGAGGAGGAGGAUCUAACAGUAUUUCACCUGUUGGAACACCCCUUUCCACUUCUCCUUCAUCUGCACAUUUUCCAGAUUCAGUUAAAGAUGAAUGGGAUUCUGAAACAGAGGAAGAUGAAGAAGCUAGAGAAAAACGUCGUAAAUUUGCACAACUUCGAGCUAAACAUUAUAAUAUGAAAGAGGCACUUAAAUUAGGACAUAAACUAGUCGAGGAGGAUGUUGAUGAUGAUGAAAAAAUUAAAUCUAUAAAAAAAAAAAUAUUAAUCCCAUCUAAUAAAGAUGACAACGGUGGUGAUGAAGAUGAGGCGGAUGGAAAAGAAUAUUUAUAUUAUUGUAAAUCAAAUCUAAUAAUAAAUAUACGAAAUAUACCAAGAAUAGUAAAAUUCUCAUCAAUAAAAUUUCAAAGUCUUCCUCAACGAUAUCAACAGUCUCAACCACAGCAAGAGCAAUACCAUUUACAAAAUGCUCACAAAAAAGUUCGAUUGUUUAAUGGUAAACUUGAUGAAAUUAUUAAUUUGAUGAGAAAUAAAACACCAUCACCAAAGAUAAUUGGAAUAUAUGAUGAAAAAGAUAAAAUUCGGUUUGACGAAAAUUCAAUAAAUAGGCUAUUAAUUGAAUGCAAUAAAUCGAGAAAUAUAGAAUAUUUAAAUAUGUUUUACAAAGACAUGAUUAUGGACAAAAUGGUAAAAAAACCGGGAAGAACAGAAAUGGAUGUGUUGGAACAGGUAGAAUAUUAUUUUAAAAAUGCGGAACCAAUAAAAGCCGUCGAAUAUUUCUUGAAUAUAAAAUCAAAACAUAUACAAGAAAAUCCAUUGGUGUUGUUAGAAUUAUUUCAAGGAUUAUUUGCUUUCAAUGGGAUCCAAAAAGCUUUUGAUGUUUAUAAAGAGAUUUCGUCAAAAGGUAUCAUGAUUGAUAAAAACAUUGGACAUUAUCUAAUCGUGAUGUUUGGGUGGAAGGAACAAUUGACGUUUGCAGACAUAAUCUACGACAAUAUGAUUUCUUCUAAUAUCGAACCUAGAUUACCCACAUUAUUUGAAUUGUCAAAUUUUAUAACAUUUACAUUAUUUGAAUUGUGUUUUUUUUACAUAAAUUCAGGAUAUGAAUCAAAAGUUAAACAAAUAAUUUCAAUAAUUCUGCGAAUGAACCCAAAAUUAGAUUUCAUUACGUAUAAAGUAGAUAUUGUAGAAUAUUGUCUAAUAAGAUUAUUAAAUCAAUACGCCAUUACAAAUAAUAAAGAAGAAAUGGUUAAUACAAUCAAUCUAUUGAAUAAAUUACCAAAAUCUUUAAACCCUUCGAAUAAAAAGUAUAAAAGAACAGCAUUUUUAAGUGCAUAUUGUAGACUUGGCCAACUUACAAAAGUUAUGGAGAUUUGGGAUGACAUUUUGAAAAGUUGUGAUGUUAAUGACAAUAGUAUACAACCAGCAACAUCUAUUGUUUGUGAUGCUAUAGGAUUUUAUGGAACUCUUGAAAAUCUUGAAAGAUUUUGGGAUCUAGUGAUUAAUUAUCAUUCAUCUAAUAAAAUCAGAUUAAAUACAAAUCAUUAUAAUUCAUACAUUCAAGCUUUAUAUAGAUUAAAAGCUCCUCAUCAAACAAUCUAUGAAGUGUUAACAAAAGAUAUGCUCACGAAAGAAAUUUCUCCUGACGUCAAAACAAUAGUUACAUUGUUAGGUCCAUUGGGCAGAAACAAUAAAUCAAGCACCAUAAAUAAAAUUUUAGAAUUCAUAAAAAAUUCGUGGCCACAAGUUUAUUUAGAAUGGCAAAGAUACAAGAAAAACGAGAAAAAUCG